AUGGCCGCCGUCACCUCAAGACCAGCGAGCAUUCCUCCACAAUCCAACUCAAGGAUGUCCUCUUCGCCCAAGGACAGCAAGAAGAAGAUACCCGUUGUGACUAAGACAGAAGAACCUACCAAAGUCGAACCUGCCUCGCAAGAAAAGCCUUCCACUUCAGAGGCUGCAACUUCACAGGCUGAGAGCAAGACUGCCACCUCGAACGCACCCCUCGCACCUCCCCCUCGACCAACCACGUCUGCAGCGGAAGGUGGCGACUACUUCAGCGGCGUCCACCACAAUCCCUUCAACCUCGAGCCGAAUGUCUUCGAACAGUCCUUCGGCAACCCAUCAGUAGAGACUCCAGGCCGUACCGUUCUUCCACCAGUCGCCAACAUCACAUCACCCUCGCCUCUCCCCGGCAUCACACCUGGGUGGCAGUCAUUGCGAGCCGGACCUCUGAGCCCUGCCAUGCUAACUGGUCCGACCAGCCAGACUGACUACUUCAGCGAGUCCUUCCGCGGUUUCCCUACACCCAACGAAUCUUCCUUGCGCACAGGUCUCACACCCGGUGGAGGCGGGUCUAUGUUCCCUGCCCCAUCACCCAAUACACAAGCGCUAUUCAACUUGCAAAGUGGAGGUGUCACCCCAAGUACUGCCGACUUUCAACAAUCUGCUCUCCGCGCGGCUGCCCAAGCAAGCCAGAACAAACCCGCUGCUACCACAGCUCCCACGUCGCAACCUGAGGUCGUAACAGCAGCCAUGGACCGACAGAGCAACUUCCAGACACAGCAACCUCCGGCACCACGCCAACCCACCGAUCCUUAUGCCAAUCAUGACGUUAGCAACGCCGCCAAUGAUCUUCUUUCAUUUGCAACACAGAAUGGAACAACUGGUGCACGCAAUGGGGCAUCGAAUUAUCCUAUGACGACACAGGCGCCGUCGAGCACCAAUGUGGGCCAUAUGCCUGUACUUCCAGUCGGCCAACCCUCACGGCGAGACACCAAGGGCUCCAUCAACAGCAUGGGUUCCGCUGAAACGGGUGACUUCUCUGAGAGCGGAAGUGAACAUGCCAAGCCUAACAGCCGACCAUCACGCAGCAAGAAGGGUGCCGCUAACACUAAGCAAGCUGCUGGCACGAAGCGGAAAGCAGACGAGGCACCAAAGGGCGCAAAGAAGGCCAAGUCGGCCAACGACGGCAUGCCUGACAUGGACGAGGAUUCUGAAGAUGAUACCAGUCCAAAGCCAGAGGACGAGAACGGCAAGAAGAUGACCGACGAGGAGAAGCGCAAGAACUUCCUGGAGCGGAACAGGGUUGCCGCUCUCAAGUGCCGACAGCGCAAGAAGCAGUGGUUGGCGAACCUUCAGACCAAGGUUGAGUUGUUCAGUACGGAGAACGACGCCCUUUCUGCCACCGUCACUCAACUCCGCGAGGAGAUUGUCAACCUCAAAACUCUCCUUCUCGCACACAAAGACUGCCCAGUGUCUCACGCUCAGGGCCUCAGCGGUAUGAACAUGAACACAUUCCUAGGCGGCGAGGCAGCUCACCAAAAUCCCUAUGGCAUUGCCCAAAUGCCGAAUGGUGUACAAAUGGGCAUGCCCAAUAUGGGAGGCCAGAUGCAAGCUCGUUAG